UCUCUUUCGUCGUCUUCUUUUUUCUUUCUUUUUUUCCAAUUUUCCUUCUUCCAACAACCCUAGAACCGAACCCGACCCGGAGGUUUUUUGAGCUGAGUGUGGGGGUUGCGGGUCGGGGAGUUUCUGUUUGUUAUUGCGCUGCAAUUGGGACAAAUGGGAACGGAAGGUGAACAAUUGACGGAGCAGGAAACUGCCAUUUAUGAUCGUCAAAUUAGGGUUUGGGGUGUUGAUGCCCAGAGAAGGCUCAGCAAAUCUCAUGUAUUUGUCAGUGGACUGAAAGGAACUUGUGUUGAGUUCUGCAAGAAUAUUGUUUUAGCUGGAGUAGGUAGUUUGACGCUAAAUGAUGAUCGCUUGGUAACAGAAGAGCUAUUAUUAGCUAAUUUCUUAAUUCCUCCCGAUGAAAAUGUAUUCCGUGGGAAGUCCAUUGCUGAGCUUUGCUGUGAUUCAUUGAAGGAUUUCAACCCUAUGGUUUCUGUUUCGGUAGAGAAAGGCGCUCUCUCCAAUUUUGACGCUGAUUUCUUUCAGAAGUUUGAUGUUGUUGUUGUUAGCUGUUGCUCCCUUUUGACGAAAAAAUCAGUAAAUGCUAAGUGUCACAAGUCGCCAAAGCGUGUUGCAUUUUACAGCGUAGAAUGCCGAGACUCCUGUGGUGAGAUAUUUGUUGACUUGCAGAAGUACAGCUACUGUAAGAAAAAAAAUGAAGAGACAAUGGAAUGCACAUUGCAGUAUCCAAGUUUUGAGGAAGCCAUUGCAGUCCCCUGGAGAUCACUACCCAAGAGGAUGUCAAAGCUAUACUUUGCAAUGAGAG